AUGGAGGUGUGGGACAAGCAUUUUAAAAGGGGGCUAGGAGGUGUGGAUGAGAGGCGAGUGGGGAAUACAGAGAGGCACACGUGGGAUGACGAUAAGGAGGAGCUAUCAAUACAGGAGGUGUGGAAGGUGGUGAGGGAAUUGGAAGAUGGGAAGGCGACGGGCGAGGAUGGAGCACCAAGUGAGGUGUGGAGAUAUGGAGGAGAAAAUGUUGUGGAGAGUUUAUGGAAGAUGUGCUGGAAGAUACGAAAGGGAGAGGGAUGGCCGGAAGGAUGGAAGCAAGGGAUAGUGGUGCCAGUAGUGAAGAAGGGAAAUGGGGAGGCGGUGGAGGAAUAUAGAGGUGUAACGCUCAAGCAAACUUUGUACAAGGUGUACGCCGGGGUGUUGAGUAACAGAUUGAAAAAGGAAGUGGAGGAGGGAAGGAUGCUACCACUGAGCCAAGCGGAAUUUACGGAAGGGAUGGGAACGAUGGAUAAUGUGUAUGUAUUAAAUUGGUUGGUGAAUAGGGAAAUAAGGAAGAGAAAUAGUAAUCUGGUGCUACUAUUUGUGGAUAUGAAGGCGGCGUUCGACUCGGUGGACAGGGUGAAAUUGGGGUAG